AUGGCUGGUGGAGCUCGUAUGCGCGCUGCAAAUCAAAUCAAUGAGAAGAAAGUCCUCAAGCGAGGCAAUGUUCCCACUACUCUUAAAGAAACGAACGAAGGAAAAGCUCCUGUCGGCCCACUCCUCCUCGCGCUCUUCAUCUUCGUCGUCUGCGGCUCCGCUAUUUUCGAAAUCAUCAUGAAGGUCCAAGCUUUCGCUGGCCAAAACUAA